AUGCAGCAUAAGAAUUUGUUAAAACCUGAUUUCAUUCUUUAUAUUAAAGGGAAUCGAGCACCCGAAUUAUUAUUAAAAGAAAGGAGAUAUGAUACAGCUAUUGAUAUGUGGACAAUUGGAUGUGUAUUAGGAAGAUCUGAUCAAGAUCAAUUGGAUCUCAUAUUUAAAUUAUGUGGAACUCCCACCAAAAAAGAUUGA